AUGUCACAGCAAGAAGGCGGCACAAACCGUCCUACCCUCGUCCGACCGGCACCUGAGGAUCCGGACAAGGCGCCCAUCGAGAAUGUCCUUGACGUAUUAGAGCUUGGGGUUUUUGGUCCAGACAUAUUCACCAACAAGCGGCCACUAUGGCAUCCACCUGGAGCCAGGGGUGUCUUCGGAGGAGCUAUGAUCGCCAUGUGUCUAGCCGCAGGCCAGAAGACAGUCCCAGAUGACUUCACCGUCCACUCAUGUCACUGCUACUUCAUCCUCGCCGGCUCAUCAGAGAUCCCCGUUCUCUUCCACGUCGAGAGGGUCCGUGACGGUCGAAGCUUCGCCACUAGGACAGUUCAGGCCAGGCAGAAGGGCAAGUGCAUCUUCACAACGACAAUGUCCUUCACCAAGGAGACCCCGCCGAGAACCACAUCAGCGCCGAACCACGAGUUCAAGGACAACGUCGUGCGCCAUGCGGUCCCCAUGCCCACAGACCCCGCGACCGGCAAGCCCGUCCAGGCGCCCCCGCAGGACUUCGACGACGAGCCCGAGCUGACGAGGUCCGGCGGCGGGCCCUUCCAGAGCUACCGCGCCGAGGUCGUCAACUCGAGCGGCGAGGACCCGCCGCCCCCGCACACCAAGAAGCUGCGGCAGUGGUACCGCGCGCGGGGCAAGAUCUCGGAGGCGGGCGGCCACCAGGCACACAUCAACGCGCUCGCGUACGUGUCGGACUCGUACUUCAUCGGCACCGUGUCGCGCAUCCACAAGCUGUGGCGGUUCCCCUUCGCGGCCAAGGACUUCAAGGACCUGCCGGACGACCUGAAGGGGCACAUCCGCCGCCUCAACGACUUCGAGGGGUACAGCAGCAGCCAGGACGGCCAGCAGAAGAGCUUCGAGGAGUUUGCGGAGUACUGGAAGGACAGGCCCGAGAUCGGCAUGAUGGUCAGCCUGGACCACUCCAUCUACUUCCACGAGCCGAGGAAGGUCAAGGCGGACGAGUGGAUGAUGAGCGAGAUGGAGAGCCCGUGGGCCGGCGACGGGAGGGGCGUGGUCACGCAGCGCAUCUUCGCUGCUGAUGGCACGCUUCUGGCGACUUGUUUCCAGGAGGGCGUGGUCAGGCUCAAGGAGCCAGAGGACUCGACCGGGCCCAAAGUGGUCGCAAAGCCAAAGUUAUAA